AUGCUCUAUACUUCAAUCUCCUCAAUUUCAAAAGUUAACAACUUAAACAAAUCAAAUGAUGUCAACAAAUCUGACACCACAACUCAAUUCACUCAAAAUAAAAUUUCAGAAGGUCUUGUAAGCAAUUUACUCCUUAAUGUUGCAACUGCAUUGGGAAAAGCUGGUCUUUAA